CAGCAUUCGAGUACGGGACGUCGUCAUCGCUGCUUAUUCUUUGUCCGGAUUGACGGUAACAUUUUCUCGUUUUGCACAAUACCUUAUAAUUUUCUCUAAACUGGUGCGUUGCAAAUAGUGUAAAAGAAUAGUUCAAGUGAAGAUUUUUGCUGGUGGAAAAUGUGCUGACGAAUUAGCAACUGAGAAAAGUGAAAUUUGCUAUUUUUCAACUAACAGCUGGGUAAUAUUUUGUCCGUGAGGUAGAAUAGUUACUGGUGAAAAAAAUACAUCAACAUACGGAAGUGAAAAAAGGCUAGAAAUUAAGGGUUGCAAGUAGUGAAAUCAGCAGGAUCCAUGUGAAUUUACUAAUUGAGCCUUUGCAUCUGCGGUGAUUCGAGAAGCGUGUCCGUUUUUUCUUCUUCUUUCAUCGACCGUAGAAUUCUCGAGUUGGACUUUAAUUAGUUUAGUGAAACGAUCCAUAUAGUGGAAACAAGUGUAAUUGGCGCACGGGUCCGAAGUGAUUGAAAAUACGCCAGUAAAUUUGUGUCACUGAAAAGAGAAUUGUGUUUGCGUACGACAGAUGUUCCCGGAUAUAGCUUCAAGGCAUGGCGAUUAUGUUCCUAAAGUAAAACGUGCAACGACGGAGUAUAUUGUGCAUUGAGUAUCGGAUAAUAACGGAUAACAAGACGAAAUUCCGAAUAACUGGUGCAGUUCGUUUCGAGCGAUUUGGUUCAAGUUCCAAGCGCUGCCUCUGUUGUUCGUGGAAGUGAACUGCAGUAGCGGAACAGUAUGAGCACGGAGCGUCCCGCUGUGGAUUUGGUGAACGGAACAGUCAGUUCGAAGCCAAACAUUAUUAUUCAUGCUACGGAAUCGGCCGCCCUGGCUACCGAUCCGUUGAUAAGCCAUGUCGGUGACGGAAUCUUUCUGCAGACGAAGACUGCCCAGGGACUGGCAGGAAUUUUCGUGUGGAUUGCACUGUUCAUCACAUGUCAACAGAUCUAUCAGCACCUAAGAUGGUACACCAACCCCCAGGAACAAAGGUGGAUAGUAAGGAUAUUGUUCAUUGUGCCCAUCUACGCCACUUACUCUUGGAUUAGUUUGCUAUUUUUCAACUCCGAAAGUGUGUACGUGUACUUCUUCACGGUACGGGAUUGCUACGAGGCGUUCGUCAUCUACAAUUUCCUAUCGCUGUGCUACGAGUAUCUCGGUGGCGAGGGUAACAUCAUGUCCGAGAUCCGCGGGAAGCCCAUCAAGUCGUCCUGUCUGUACGGGACCUGCUGUCUGGCCGGCAAAACUUACACCAUCGGAUUUUUGCGUUUCUGCAAACAAGCCACACUUCAAUUCUGCCUGGUUAAACCGUUGAUGGCGUUCAUCAUCAUCUUUUUGCAGGCAUUCGGACACUACCAUGACGGUGAUUGGAGCGCCGAUGGAGGCUACAUCUACAUCACUGUCAUCUACAACUUCUCGGUGUCACUGGCCCUGUACGGACUGUACCUGUUCUACUUUGCCACUCGGGAUCUGCUGACACCCUUCGAUCCCGUACUCAAAUUCUGCACCGUGAAAUCAGUGAUUUUCCUUUCCUUCUGGCAAGGUGUCGGUUUAGCCAUCCUGGAAAAGGCGGAAGUAAUCUCACCUAUUGUGGAUGCCGGUGGUUCGACGACAUCGGCCGGUACGGUGUCUGCGGGUUAUCAAAAUUUCUUCAUUUGCAUUGAAAUGCUGUUCGCUGCGAUUGCCCUCCGGUAUGCUUUUCCGUAUCAGGUAUAUGCUCAAAGCUGCAUGACCGAUGCUCACGGCCGAUCUGUGACGAUGCAAUCAAUCUCCAGUAGUUUGAAGGAAACGAUGAAUCCAAAAGAUAUUAUGACGGACGCGAUACACAACUUCCACCCGCAGUAUCAACAAUACACACAGUACAGCUCAGGUGGAAAAAAUUCUCGUGGCAUCCGAGUUUCAUCGUAUGACCCGGACGAUCCAACCCAUCAGCUGACCCAGGGUGGUAAUGCUGCUGGUGGACACGGAAUGGGCAGCAGUAGCAACAACAACAACGGUGGCGGUGGUGGAAAUGGUCGAAGUGGCGGUUACAGCACUACCCAAAGUAACUAUAUUGCACCGCCAACACUUGGCAGUCAGCGAAAGUUUAUGCCGGUAGGAGGAGCGCCCCAGAAGGUGUCUACCAUUAGCCAGAACUAUAACGAGAAAACGAUGCUGCUUAGUAGCGAUGAUGAGUAUCAGUAGGCUCAGUUUUUAAGGAAUCCGUGUAUUUUGUCAUUCCGUUUUGUUAUCUCUACCGAUUGGCAGAUUCAAAAAAAAAAUCAAGUUUUCUUUGUGUAAAUGUGCAACUAUCAAUUAAAGGUAAAGAAGCUUUUUAAUCAACACGAUUCUGAGUCUACAUGUUAGUGUAGCUGCGAAGUAUUAACUAAUGGAAGAAAGAGAUGAAACAUAAGCUAAAUAGUUAUACAUAAAGGAUAAAACGUGAGCCAAUUAAAAGUAUAGUAGCAAAUCAAUGUUUUUCUUUCUCAUAAUAUAAAAUUGCUUUCAUGUUGGCAACCAAAUGCAAAACUCGAUAGCCCUGGUACGCCAUCUAAGUUAAAUUAUUUGAACUAGUUGGACGAUGUCGACCAAUGAGGUAGGAACUAGAUUGCCUAUAUCCAGAGUGAUGACCUCUCAUUCGUAAUGUUGGUAACAACUCAAAACAUUUAAUUCGAGUUGUUCGUUACCCUAGUAACCAUAUGCAUUAUAUCACUGCACAUUUACAACUGUUUUUUUACAUUGGUAAUGAAUAAUUACACUUAUCCUACAUACUUUAAAGCAAUGUACAUUAGAUUUGCAUUCAAAAAGUAACUGAGCAUUAUAGAACAACAGCCUUCCGCCAUGCUAUAUAUCGACAUUCAAUGCUAUAUUUUGGAGCAACGAAACUUUAAUAAUAACUAUAAGAGUAAUAAUCCUCUAAGAGUCUAAUAAUCGCCCUUUUCAGUUUUAUAAUAGCAUUGUAAAAACAUGUGUAACUCCGUUGCAGUUAAUCAAAAUUUACGCGAAUUUUUAAAGCUGAAUUAAUGUGAAGUUAUAAUGCGUCGUGUUUACUUGUGUAGUUUUACGUUGUAUUCGACAGGUCGUUUGCUCGUUUGGAACGAUACUGUUAAAAUGCUUCGGUAUGACGAAGUAUUUCUGAAGUAAAAUUAACGAACGCUGAAUUGCUUUGUUUAAUCCACCUGCUUCUACCUCAUUGUGUAACAUCAAAAUGCUUUGUUUCAAUCGGCACUUCCGAUGAAGUUCUCAAUAGGUUUCGUGUUACUACCUCUGGCUCUUAUUACCGUAAUCACUACGCAAUGAAAACCAAGUGAAGUGAUUGUGACCCUUAUUAUCGGUAUCCCUUCACGGUAAAAAUCAAGUUAAGUGAAUGCAGGUCGCUUCAAAGAAAAAGUAAAUAAUGAGCGCGUCAUCAACAUUUUGUUGGAAAACUUUUUUUUUCACUGCAGUGAUCACAACUCUGUAUUACUAGUAUAGUAAUAGUUAAAAUCAAGUGAAGUGAUAUGCGAGUGACGUGAAAGUGGAAGUGAGAAUGAUGAUAAGGACCAGCAUAUUUCACCGGAAAGUAAAAGUUUUCAUCGAGAGUCGGUGUUUUGACACUGCGAGAUUAUCACUUGUAGUCCUAUGAAAAGGAAGUCAAUUUUGUCAAUAAAUAAAAACUAUCUGGUAUAAAGGCCUUCGUUACUGAGCCACUAAAUGGUACCAUUUCAAAAGAAGUGACGUCAGCCUGAAUAAUAAUAAGACGAUUCAGUGGUAACAUUGGUUUGAUCGAUAUCGAUAGUCCGACGACAAAAGGGACUAACUGCAAAUGAGAGCCUCUCUUUGUUUACUUUCUCUUUUGAUUAUGACGGAGCCAUUAUUGCAAAUUCUCUGAAGUUUCCAAAAUAAAUCGAAGGCUUGUAGUUUUACCUUGAAAGUUUUGCGAAGAGUAAUGCGUCAAAUACAAAAUCAGUUCGGUAAAUCGUGAAAGAAGAAGUAAACAAAGAGAAAAUGUCAUUUGCAGUUAGGCCCUUUUGUCGUGGGACGGUCGAUAUGACAAAAAAAGCUCGUUCUUUAAUGUUACUUGGCUGACUGAAGCUGAACUUACUGCACUAUCCCAAGCGUAUUAUUUUUGUCCCAUCUAAUUAUUCCUCAUUAGAAGAUAUCAACAGUACAGUUUUACUAUUUCGAAGCAGGAACUAUACAUCUUUAUCGAAACAACACAUAAACUUUAACGAAAAUUUGGAGAAAGAAAAUCAUUAAAAUGUAUAUUGAUAUUUAAUAUCUAUUAUUACUACUAUUAUUUCAAAAUAUUACGACAAUCGAAUAUAAUUAAAAUCAUCGCGACUGAGUCAAACACAGCCCGGGUUGGUGGUUCAACGCACAAGGUGCUAGUCUUAUUAGUCACUUGCCGUAUGUUCGAACCCUGUAUUAUGAAGGGAUUCUUAAUGUCUAUUGGAUCAUAGUAAGCAAUGGUUCUAUACGUUAAGAAUCAACAGCGGCCACAUUCUCCAAAAGGAACUUUGCCUUUAAGUCAAACAAUUGUGAUUUGCUUUGUGCUUCUGAUUGGCUUACGUAUAAGUGCAACUUGAGUAAUAGCUUUGUCGUGUUGAAAAAAUGAAAGCAAAUAGUAUCGAUCAAUAACCUUCAACGGAAUAUUUGGGCGCCUUGCAUCGAUUUGAAUCUAGUUCACCGAUAUUUUACUGUAAUAAAAACUAUCUGUCAGAUCAAAACAACACGAUCAAAGACGAUAUUUCGAUUUUGGCGACACGUUCACGUUGUCAUUUUAAGUAAGCUCACAACUAUGAAUAUAGAAACGCUAGUUCAUCCUCGAGUACCUAGAUAAGCAGAGUGACGACAUCUCAUCUGUAAUGUUGAUAUCAGUUCUAAACAUUUUAUCCGAAAUGUGGGCAGUUUUGUUAGUUUUACAUUGUAUUUGACAGGUCGUUUGCUCGUUUGGAACAAAGCUGUCAUUCCAAACGAACAGCUGUCGUCACUCUGGUUAUAGGCACUCUAGUUUACCCCAAAACGUGAUAUUUUGUUUUGAAAAUAUCGGAAUGUUUUGCAAAUGUGAUUUAUAGAAAUGUCAUAGAAAUCAAUGACCGUUCCUUCAUUCAUCACGUUCGGACUUGGCUAAACCAAAGAUAAACUCAAGAUAGAGCGAUCUGCAAUUUCUCAUGUACCAUUUGAAUAGGACCCUUCGAUGGAGUCGGUUCACUGUCAGUUUCAGUUUCAUCAUUAUUUGAGCAAAACAACAAGCGUCUGAUCGCUACACUCAGGCCAAAAUUAUAUGUAAUUUCAUAAUCGUAUGGUUUUUAGCUUCAAGAAAAUCGUAUGCUAAUCAUAAGACCGCCUUAUGAAACCAUGAAUAUUGGAAUUCCAAUGAAAAGCCUUAUGAAAUUUAUACGAAAUUUUUAGGAACAUUGUGCGAAAUUUUUAUGACAAACAUAACUUCUCUUAUAUGCUGUGGAAUUCAUAACUUGUUCAUAUGAAAACUAUAAUAGUGAUGAGAUGUAUAUUGCAGAGUCAUGAACAUUAUAAUAGAUAUAUAUUUUUCAUAUUAAUCUUUUGAAAUGGUAAUUUUGGCCAUUUUUGAUGCACCAUAAGACUACUCAUUUUGCCUGAGUGUACAUACCUAUGUCGUAGCUAUGACAAUGUUUGUUUUUGUUUGGAAAAAUAUCAAGUUACAGUAUAACGAUAUUAUGUUUGCUUUCUUUCUGACUUGUAUUGUUUCCAUGGCAUCUUGCCAGAACUUGUCGGCACUUAUUAACAAAGUGUCAAUAAAAUUACACUAUCACUGAGCCUACUAAUUCAUGAUUACUGACUCAAAUUUUUUUAAUUGAUCGUAUAGAGCAUUGUAAUCUUGAGUUUAUCUUUGGCUGAACUCUAAACUAACGCUGCUCUCAGAAAAGUCGCAUUUGGUUUAUUUUUUUUUUUCAUACAGCGUGACUGGCUUCCUUUAGAAAGAACUCUAAGGCCGUGGCCCAUCUCGCGUAUUAUUUUAACUUUUAGUUUAAAUUUGACAGUCGAGCGAUUAUUUUUUGUCGAGUAGUAAAAUUUAACUAAAAUUGCGGCCCAUUUCAAACAAUGACGAAUGGAAAGUUAUUUAGGUUUAUUUUGCACUGAAAAUAAAAUGAUAUCAAGUGAUAUAAUAAUUGUAAUGAGGAGAAUGUUAGCAAAGCUUCGGAAAAAACAUUGACAUUAUAUUAAAACUUUCUAUUGGGGUAUUUUUUUGACUAAAUUUAUAAAUAAUAAUACAUAGAAGAAUCUUUUACUAAUAAACUGAAAUUAGAAUUUUUUGCAAGAUUUUUUUCAGUGUCGGAAAAUAACUAUCGAACUGUCAAAAAUAAGAGUUAUUUUUGACAACGACUAAAUAACUGCUCGCCUGUCAAAUUUUAACUAAAAAUUAAAAUAAUUCGCGAUAUGGUCUACUGCCUUAAUGUUUUUCAAUGUUUGGAACAGAAAACAAGAAAAAUUAAAAAAAAUCGUUUGAAAUAACUGCGCAUGAUUCGUUCGUUUUCACACACCUAGUUGUUAUGCAUCAAGAAUAUUAAUUAUUUUGUUUUUAUUUACCCCUUUGUUUUUCAACGGAAAAACAUUAAACGACUCAUUAUGCGCCAAACACUUUUACCGAAAUUCUUAAACGCAGAUGUCAGGUUCUUCAAAAGAAUUUUCUCAAUUCUGAACCAAACAACCUAUUAAGAUUUCCCCAUUUUCAGAUGUAUUUUCCUUUUACGUUGCAUGCGGUGAGAGUUGAGAUAGAUUUUACAAAAAAAAAUAAUCAAGUGAUGCGAUAUAAAGAUGGAACAACAUGUUCUAGAAGUAGACAAAUUUCUAUUGCAAUUUGUUUCGAAUUGGUCUAUUCAAUUAAAUACAAAUUUGGAUAAAAAACCUAUUUUUUGUUCUGAGGCUUAGGAGCACAAAUACAAUGGAUAGAUCAAAUCUGAAAAACAAUGUUUCAGAUCAGCACAUACUUUAUUCAUCAGAAGCAACAUGGAAGUUAAAACAUGCGACCGAAUUUGUGAAAACGAGAAGGAAGGUGUGAAGAUGCCUAUGUGUUUUUUUUUGCUAUGUAAAAAAUAUCAAACACACCAAGAAUCGAAUGUAAUUGUAUCACAUUAGCUGAAGAACUAUUUUAUAGGUGAAAAUAUUCCAUUCAUAACGAACCUUUUCUUGAUAGUUAUCUGUUAUGAAAAACCUUUCGAUAUCAGAAAUACUUUUUAUGCUUCAGGAAACAAAAUCAUUUACAAGACAAGACAUUCAACAUGUCGAUCAAUUAAUGAUAGCCAGAUAGACAGGCGUCACUAAAUCAAAAUCCCUCUAGCGUCCAAUAGAGGUAUCCUUCAAAUGCCAUCUUUCAAAAGUUUAUGACAAGCGGUUCAUUAAUGUGCUAGUUAUUUUGCUUUCAGUGACUAUUACCUUACCUUACCAAGCACCUAUAUUUCUAGGGUGUCUUUUUCGGUAUCACGCUUACGUCUCCAUCUAACACGGUUGAUGACCAUAGCUAAGGCAAACAUACCUUUGAUUAGACCGGACAAACAAGACGAUUAUAGGUUUGUAUGCGAAACACGAUCACUUAAAUAAGAACAGUUGUUUUUGCCCGACGUUUCGACCCCUACUUUAGAUCUUUUUCAGAAGAAAUCUUUUAACGUUUCUCGUAUGAAAAAGCUUAAAAACUAAAUCAGCAGUCGUAGCGUCGAACAGUAAACAAAACACUGCUAAACUCAAAUGCAAAAUUACAUUCCACUCACGUUAUUUAAUCAUAUUAAAAAAUUAGGCGCUAUUUAUGCUCUGUACGAUAUUUUCAGUUGACAAGUUCUUUCGGUAAAAAGACUUUCAGCGAAAUUAUUCUUUCGACAAAACGACUCUUCAUAUCAAAGAAUAGCUGUAUCAACUGACGCUUAUUUGUAUUGAAACGUGUUUUAGUUUUCUUCGAAAAAAAUGCACGACCGUCAGAAAUGUACAGACAGAUGUUCAUUUCUGUACAAAAUAUGCAGAUAGCGCCAUCUUUUGUGAAACACUAGGAAAUUGCUUCAAUUUAUCAAAACGUCACCUUUUUAUCGUCUAAAAUACGUCUCGUUAUAUUUGUUUGCAUGUCAACACUUAUUUAAAAAAACGAGUUACUGGACUAGAGAAUUGAGAAAGGUUGAAUCAGGAAAACGAUCGCUAUAGAUGGAAUUUUGGAGCCAUGCUACUCCCUUUAAAAUGUCUUCGGAAUGUGAUACAAUUUAUGCACCAACAUAUUGCAAGAGUACAAUAUUCCUGCCAUUUUAGAUGUACAGAAACAAAUACAGUGCAUUUCAUACUCCUCCGAAGCGUAUGCUUUUUCUACUUAUAUGAGGUGCAGGGAUGUUUACAUAUUCUCUUGUUUUUCAACUAGAUUUAUAUAUUACGUAACUGUAAAUAAUAUGUAUAAUAUUUGAACUAAUUAAAAAGCAUUGUUUUAAUAGACCAGUCAAAAUAUGAUUUGCUAAAAGAAUAGGAAGACGCGUACUUCUACCGAAUGUCUACAUAUUUUUGUCAAAUUCAUCCUAGAGAGCAUCGUGUUCGAUUAUAUAAAUUUACAGUGGCGGUAACUCGGAUAGCUCCGAAUAGAAUGUAUACACUUUUCAAGUAUACUUCCGAUAAUCUGUAUAAGCAGUUAUUUUUCGGCAGCAAUUGUUACAAAACAGCGAUAGAUAUUGGGAUUCGGGUUGAAUAUGUAAUUUUCUAGAUGAAUAGAGAAAAUAUGUAUAUGAUAAAUACAAAAUACCUAUUGGAAACAAUGCAACUGAAAAAUACAUUAUUCAGGAAGGUGUCGUUAUUACUAACAAAAAAAGCUGAAUGUUUAAUCGAAGCAAAAAACGGAGAAAAAAACUAAUGAUGAAAUUUUCUGAAACAGCGUCUAUAUAAUAAAGGUAUGGAUAAUAUUUUA